UCUUGUAAUCAUUUUUCUUGAACCUUCCAGUUUCUUCUUCCUUUUCACCCUUUAAAUACUCCAAUUCACCACUUCUAUUACCACACAAGACAUUGAAAAUCAUUUCAUCAAAGUAGAUAAAAAAUUGAGAGGAAGUGUGCGAAGAUGGAUUUAAGAUUGGUAGGUUUGGACGCUCCUGUAUUGCAUGCUCUGCACCAAAUGAUGGACCUUUCUGACGACAAUUCUUCCGGCAAGUCAUCAUACAAUGCUCCGACACGGUCGUAUGUUAGAGAUGCGAAGGCGAUGGCUGCAACUCCAGCGGACGUGAAGGAAUAUCCAAAUUCAUACGUGUUUGUGAUCGACAUGCCAGGGUUGAAAUCUGGUGACAUAAAGGUUCAGGUUGAAGACGAUAACGUGCUUGUGAUAAGUGGUGAGAGGAAGAGGGAAGAAGAGAAAGAAGGUGUUAAGUAUUUGAAAAUGGAGAGAAGAGUUGGAAAAUUCAUGCGAAAAUUUGUUCUUCCUGAGAAUGCUAAUACCGAUGCUGUUUCUGCUGUAUGUCAAGAUGGGGUGCUGAGUGUUACUGUUGAGAAAUUGCCUCCCCCUCAGCCUAAGAAGCCUAGAACUAUUGAGGUUAAGGUUGCUUGAAACUUGGUUUUGAACAAUGAUAUAAUAUAAUGUGUUUGUGUGUUGGUGAUAUUUGGUACAGAGGAGUAUAAGGUUGUAUUUUAAGGUUGUUCUUUUUUAUGUUUAGUAUUUGGGAUUUAUUUU